CACAGUACCUGAUGUGCUGAUCUUCCCGGAGCAUGGACACGGCCUCCGGCGACAGAAGAGGGACUGGGUCAUCCCCCCCAUCAACUGCCCUGAGAAUGAGCGGGGCCCCUUCCCCAAGAAGCUGGUGCAGAUCAAAUCCAACAAGGACAAGGAGACCAAGGUUUUCUACAGCAUCACGGGGCAGGGAGCAGAUACCAUCCCCGUGGGUGUCUUCAUCAUCGAGCGGGAGACGGGGUGGCUGGAGGUGACAAAACCCCUGGAUCGGGAGGAGAAGGAUAAAUAUGUGCUCUACUCCCACGCCGUGUCAGCCAACGGGCAGCCCGUGGAAGACCCCAUGGAGAUCAUCAUCACCGUCACUGACCAGAACGACAACCGGCCCGUCUUCACUCAGGCCGUUUUCCACGGUUCUGUGCUGGAGGGAGCUGAGCCAGGCACAUCGGUGCUGCGGGUGCUGGCCACUGAUGCAGACGAUGCUGUGAACUCCAACAAUGGCGUUGUGAGCUAUUCCAUCCUGAGCCAGGUGCCGGAGAAGCCCCAGCCUGGGAUGUUCACCAUCGACAGCAGCUCUGGACUGGUCUCCGUGGCCAUGCUGGGACUGGUAGCAGAGGAGGUCCCUGAAUACACACUGGAGCUCCAGGCUGCCGACUUGGAGGGAUACGGGCUGCGAGCCAUCGCCACCGCCCGCAUCACAGUGCAGGCUGACGGCAUGUCUGAGGUGGGAAAUGGCACCCUGACCACCCACGUGCUGAACACAGCCACGGGGCUGCCGGCAGCCGGCCUUGCUGUGCGCCUGGCCCAGCUGCAGGAGCCGGGGCCGCAGUGGACGGAGCUGGCACAGAGGCACACGGAUGCAGAUGGGCGCUGCCAGCCCCUCCUGGCACCGGGACAGGCCAAGUCUGGCACCUACAAGCUGCACUUUGAGACAGCUGAGUACUGGCAGGGACUGGGGCACACCAGCUUCUACCCCUUCGUGGAGGUCGUCUUCAUCAUCACUGACCCGGCAGAGAAGCUCCAUGUCCCGCUGCUGAUCAGUCCCUACUCCUACACAACGUACCGGGGCAGUUAGAGGGGCACAGCCUUUCCCUGGGGAUGCAGGAAUGAUGCCACUGAUGCCAUUAAAAACUCCAAACAGCACUGUUUGUCUCAAAAAAUCA